UCACACUGUGUCAGAGUAAAAUGUGUAAAUUUGUAAAGAAUUAUAAAUAAAAGCGAAGAUAUGAUGUAUUGUCCAAGGAUGUAGUGUUCAUAGGUACCGAUUAAAUGUGAUGUAACUAAAUUUAUUAUUAUUAAAAUAUGUUGCCGCUAAUAAAAAAAUGGUAAUUCCCUGAAAGUUACUUUAGCGAUCAACUCUAUGUCAAAUGGAUGACAGAUAAGAAGAACCCACUUCAAGGAGGAACCCACAGACAAAGUACAGUAAAAGCACAUCCUGCAUUCAUCAUCAAAUAAUUACUGAGAGUAGAAUCAACGACUUUCUAAAUUAAAGAAUAUUAGCAUUUGGUGAUUUGGCACCAGCAUUGUAAUACAAGAAGUGUAUCGAAUCGCCGAGAUAACGAGCGAUUAAGGAGAUGCAUUUCUUUCUAUGGGUUCUGAUACUAGCAACUCUAGGAGAUCAUCAUGAGUACUGGCUACGAUCAGGACAUUCACGGAUCGUCGCUGCUCGCUUCCGGGCUGAAAGAAUGGUUGCGGCUUUGCAGAACGAGUCCAUAAGCUUGACAGAUGCCAAUGCCGCCGUCAAUGAAGCAAAGAAUCUGAGCACCACCAUUACAAAUGUGGCCAAGUUCGACACUCGGCUAAACCACCUUCUGGUGGACACAAUUACGGGGCGAGUAUUUGUGGGCGGAGUUAACCGUUUGUAUCAGUUGUCGCCGGAUCUGGAACUUCAUGAGACAGUGAAAACCGGACCCCAGAACGAUUCUGUCGAGUGCAGCAUACUCGACUGUCCGCUAAACGCCGUUCGCAGUCCGACAGACAACUAUAACAAAGUGCUGUUAAUAGACCGGGCCACAUCGCGCCUUAUCGCAUGUGGCUCCCUAUUCCAGGGCACGUGCACAGUGCGCAAUCUUCAGAAUGUUAGUAUAAUUGAGCACGAGGUACCAGAUGCAGUGGUAGCAAACGACGCCAAGUCUUCAACAGUGGCAUUCAUAGCACCAGGACCUCCCCAGCAUCCCGUGACCAAUGUAAUGUAUGUCGGAGUUACCUACACAAACAAUUCCCCAUACCGCAGCGAAAUCCCAGCUGUGGCGUCACGAUCCCUCGAAAAGACGAAGAUGUUUCAGAUCGCUUCAUCGGCGGUAACAACCGGAACACGAACAUUCAUCAAUUCAUACGCCCGGGAAUCAUAUUUCGUGAACUAUGUGUAUGGCUUCAGCUCGGAGCGGUUCUCGUAUUUUCUGACCACCCAGCUGAAGCACAACCACCACUCGUCCCCGAAGGAGUACAUAACCAAACUGGUCCGGAUAUGUCAGGAGGAUUCCAACUAUUAUUCGUACACUGAAAUCCCGGUCGAGUGCAUCAGCGAGGCCCAGGGCGGCACCAAAUUCAACCUAGUGCAGGCCGGCUUCUUGGGAAAGCCCAGCUCGGAUCUGGCCCAAAGCUUGGGCAUUUCCAUCCAAGACGACGUUCUGUUUGCUGUGUUCUCAAAAGGAGAUGGAAAUGCACCCACCAACAACUCGGCCCUCUGCAUCUACUCCUUGAAAUCCAUUCGUCGUAAAUUUAUGCAAAAUAUAAAAUCGUGCUUUAAUGGCAAUGGGAUGCGCGGACUGGACUUUAUAUCGCCAAGUAUGCCGUGCGUUCUAACGAAACUGCAAACUAUUGGCGAGGAUUUCUGUGGAUUGGACGUGAAUUCGCCGCUGGGAGGAGAGAACCCUAUCACCUCCGUACCCGUGGCUAUGUUUAGCACAAGACUCACCUCAGUGGCGUCGACUAGCACCAGCGGAUACACGGUUGUCUUUGUUGGAACAGUGGACGGAUACCUUAAGAAAGUUGUGGUCGAAUCGUCGUCCGUUGCAAACGAGUACUCCAGCUUUCCCGUGGAUGUCGGCUCGGCUAUCAAUCAAGACAUGAAGUUUGACAACCAGAAUCUCUACAUCUACGCCAUGUCUGAGAACAGAGUGAGCAAGGUAAAGGUUUUCGACUGCUCCGACUACAAGACCUGCGGAGAGUGCUUGGGCGCCAGAGAUCCGUACUGUGGCUGGUGCUCCUUGGAGAACAAGUGCAGCCCGCGCUCUAAUUGCCAGGACGAUGCCAAUGAUCCACUGUACUGGGUCAGCUACAAGACUGGAAAAUGCACGACGAUAACGAGUGUUGUUCCGCACCAGUUGCAACGCACUACCGCCCGCACCCUAGAGCUAAUCAUCGAUCAUUUGCCACAGCUGAAGGAGAAUCUAAUAUGUGCCUUUACCACCGAGGACAAGGCGCUCUUCACCAAUGCCACCAAGAAACGCAACGGAGUGAAUUGUACUACACCCCGCACAGACAUGCUGCCACAAAUUGAGCAGGGAAAACACCAUUUCACAGCCAAGUUGUCUGUGCGCACCAGGAACGGGCCGGACCUGGUGUCCACGGACUUCACCUUCUUCGACUGCAGUACCCACUCUUCUUGCACCCGCUGUGUGUCCUCAGAGUUCCCAUGCGAUUGGUGCGUGGAGGCACAUAGGUGCACGCAUGAUACCGCUGAAAACUGCCGGAACGACAUACUGGUGACAGGAGUAAGCCGGAUAGGGCCAAGCUAUAGAUCGGGACCUGGAUUCUGUCCCACGAUCAAUGCAACGGGCGACGGAAGCGAAGUGCUUGUGGCUGCGGGCACGAGUAAAUCCAUCAAGGUCAAGGUGCACAUCAUCGGACAGUUUAUUGUGCAGACCCGAUUCGUUUGUCAGUUCAAUAUCGAGGGGCGUGUAACCAGCCUGAAUGCUCAGUUGCUUGGCGACACCAUCUACUGUGAUAGCAUGGAGUUUCAGUAUACCUCCAGAUCGCCUAACUUGACGGCAACCUUCGCUGUUAUUUGGGGCGGGUCGAAGCCCCUUGAUAAUCCCCACAAUAUCCAUGUUGUAAUAUAUCGUUGCCGAGACAUGGCCGACAGCUGUGGUAUUUGCUUGGCCUUGGCGGACAAGUAUAACUGCGGCUGGUGCUCGUCCACCAAUACGUGUGAGGUGGAAGAGCAGUGCAAUAAGAACAAUGAGGGCAAAACGGAUUGGCUGAAUCGGAGCGAGAUUUGUCCCAACCCGGAAAUUCACACUUUUGACCCGAAGACGGGUCCCUGGGAAGGCGGCACGAACAUAACGAUACGAGGAAUCAAUCUCGGCAAGAACUAUAACGACAUCUACUCGGGAGUUCGCAUAGCUGGCAUCAACUGCAUGCCAUUCCCGCAGUUCUACAUCGACACAAAGCAAAUUGUGUGUACGGUGGAUAGUCCAGGCGAGCAGAUGUACAGAAACGGAAGAAUAGUGGUUCAAAUAGGGGACUACCGCGGUGAGUCAAAGGAGGAUUACGAGUUUGUUGAUCCGAAAAUACUGGAUUUUAAUCCAAAGUUUGGCCCGACGUCCGGUGGCACCGAAGUGCACAUUUCUGGAAAGCAUUUGAAUGCCGGCUCCCGCAUUCAAGCCUCCAUCAACGACCAUUUGCCCUGCAAAAUUCUGAGCGCAGAUUCCUCGCAAGCCAUAUGUCGCACCUCACCGUCGCCAGGGAUAAUCGAGGGGAGACUGAAGAUGUCGUUUGACAACGGCCCCCGAGAGUUCAACGAUUACAAUUUUAAAUAUGUGCUGGACCCAACCGUUGAGCACGUCAGCUCCGGACCCACUGGCCAGAUCAAAGUGCCCAAGGGCAUACCUGCCGGGGGUAUUCGUAUCUCAGUGAUUGGCACCCAAUUCACGAGCAUACAGUCUCCCAGCAUUUAUGUGGUGUACAACACGGAGAUGUAUGCGAGCCAGUGUCGAGUCCAGUCGGACUUGGAAAUGGAGUGUGCAUCACCGAUUAUUGAGGCAGACAGCAAGUACUUGGACGCCGAGAGCCCAAUGCUCCUAGAGUACGGAUUCCUUAUGGACAAUGUGCUGCGUGUGCAGAAUCUGUCGAAAGUACACAACAACCACUUCGAGCUGUAUCCGAACCCAGAGUACUUUGUGUUUGAGGAGAGGGUCAAGUACUUUAAGAGCGAGUAUCUAACCAUAAACGGUCGCAAUUUAGACCGCGCUUGCAAGGAGAGCGAUGUGGAGGUGAGAAUAGGGAAUGGUUUCUGCAACAUCACGUCUCUAUCCCGCCAGCAACUCACGUGUCGACCUCCGCCCGAAGCCACAGCAACUAAGAGCCCCAACGGCCCCGAAGUGAUUGUUCGCAUCGGAUCCUCGCUGGAGUACCGAAUUGGGAUACUGAGCUAUGAGUCGUCGAACAUUAUUUUGGACUGGGGAGAGAACGUCAUAUUCGCAGUAAUAGCCAGCAUUGUGAUCCUGCUGCUCAUCUUCGUGGCCUUGCUGGUGGCCUAUAAGAAAAAGAGCUCCGAGUCGAGCCGAGUGUUGCGCAACAUGCAGGAGCAGAUGGACAUACUGGAGUUGCGAGUGGCUGCCGAAUGCAAAGAAGCCUUUGCUGAACUCCAGACUGAAAUGACUGACCUCACGGGCGAUCUAACUUCUGGAGGCAUUCCCUUCCUGGACUACCGGUCGUAUGCCAUGAAGAUUCUCUUUCCCAACCACGAAGAUCACGUUGUGUUGCAGUGGGAAAGACCAGAACUCCUGCGCAAGGAGAAGGGUCUGCGUAUAUUCGGCCAACUCAUAAUGAACAAAACGUUCCUGCUACUCUUCAUACGUACUUUGGAGUCGAAUCGAUACUUCUCGAUGCGAGAACGAGUCAAUGUGGCCUCGUUGAUAAUGGUUACAUUACAGUCAAAGCUCGAAUACUGCACAGAUAUUCUAAAGACCUUGCUGGGUGACCUGAUCGAGAAGUGCAUAGAAGGGAAAAGUCAUCCCAAAUUGCUACUACGGCGAACCGAAAGUGUGGCUGAAAAAAUGUUAAGUGCUUGGUUCACUUUUCUGCUCUACAAGUUCUUGAAGGAAUGCGCAGGAGAGCCUCUAUACAUGCUCUUUCGUGCUGUGAAGGGACAAGUUGACAAGGGGCCAGUCGAUGCCUGCACUCACGAGGCCAGAUACUCCCUUAGUGAGGAGAAACUUAUACGACAGUCCAUCGAUUUUCGACCAAUGAAUGUAUAUGCCAGCAUUAUACAGCAGCCAAUCUUCUGCAACAACCUAGACAUGUUGCCCUCCCACACCGAGAACGUGUCCGUAAAGGUUUUGGACUGCGAUACAAUUGGCCAAGUCAAGGAAAAAUGCUUGGAGACAAUCUAUAGAAACAUACCAUCCAGCCAGAGACCUCGCAAAGAAGAUUUAGACCUAGAGUGGCGCACAGGUGCUACGGGACGAGUCAUUUUGUACGAUGAAGACGUCACUUCCAAGACGGAGAGCGAAUGGAAGAAGCUAAACACAUUGCAGCACUACAACGUUCCAGAUGGGGCUGGAUUGAGCUUGGUCCCGAAGCAGAGCUCAAUCUAUAACUUCAGUAUAUUAUCGGAUAAAAAUGAGAAAUCUCACAAGUAUGAAACUCUUAAUAUAUCGAAGUACACCUCCUCCUCUCCGACAUUUAGCCGCGCCGGCAGCCCCCUGAACAACGAUAUGCAGGAUAGUGGUAUAAGGUACUGGCAUUUGGUAAAACAUCACGACAGUGAUAUGCAGAAAGAAGGCGAACGAGUCAAUAAACUGGUGUCCGAGAUCUAUCUAACCAGACUGUUGGCCACCAAGGGCACGCUUCAAAAAUUUGUGGACGAUCUCUUUGAGACAAUAUUCAGCACUGCUCAUCGUGGGUCGGCCCUGCCAUUGGCAAUUAAAUACAUGUUUGACUUCCUGGACGAUCAAGCACAACUGCAUGGGAUAACUGAUCCUGAGGUGGUGCAUACGUGGAAGAGCAACAGUCUACCAUUGCGUUUUUGGGUGAACCUCAUAAAAAAUCCAAACUUCGUCUUCGACAUACACAAGUCGAAUAUUGUAGACUCCUGCCUCUCAGUUGUGGCUCAAACAUUCAUGGACUCCUGCUCUACUUCAGAUCAUCGUUUGGGCAAAGACUCCCCAAGCUCGAAACUACUAUAUGCUAAAGAUAUACCAGAGUACCGCAAGUGGGUAGAUCGCUACUACAGAGAUAUUCGUGAUAUGUCGCCUAUAUCAGACCAAGAUAUGAAUGCUAUGCUUGCUGAAGAAUCAAGGCUGCAUACGACAGAGUUUAACACCAAUUGUGCUCUGCAUGAGUUGUACACUUACGCUGUGAAAUACAAUGAACAGCUCACUGUUACUCUAGAGGAAGAUGAGUUUUCACAGAAGCAGCGGUUGGCUUUCAAAUUGGAGCAAGUUCAUAAUAUUAUGUCAGCUGAAUAAGAGAGUCCUCAAAGGGUCUCAGAAAAGCGAUGACUCGAAAGCGAUGCAAAUGAUUUAUGAAAUAGCUUAUUUAUAAGCUUCUAGUUAAUAGAAUCAUGAAUCAUUAAACAGGAAGAAGGGUCUUUCUCUAUAUACCAACGAAAUUUAGAAAUAUUUAUAUAUAUAUGUAUGUGUAUGUAUUUAUGUGUGUUGUGUGUGUGUCCCAUGCGAAUGUGAGCUAUCGUGCUUUAAGCUGUAUGUUUAGAUGGUAUUUACUAUUUAAUUUGUGUCUAUUGUGCAUGUAUACAUAUAUGAAUGCGUAUUAACAUACAAAAAUCCGAAAAAAUUUUCGAUUCAUAUAUUUUUACAUAAAUAAAUAUAUGCCAUAGGUACAAUUUUCCCUUUUAUUAUCGUCCGACCAUCUGACCAAUACGAAAAUUGUAAAAUCCUUUCCCCCACAAAAAAAAACUGCCAAAAAUCGACAGACUCAUAAAAAAACGAUAUAUAUAUAUAUAUAUAUGUAUGUAUAAUUAUAUUAUAUAUUCACACAAAUACAAACCGUAGGUAUUGUUUACCAGCUUUCCGAUCCGGUCAUGACUCGUUCGCUACUCGUUCUGCCCUCGCCAAUAAAACAAUAAAAAAAAGCUAUGUAUUAAAAAGUAUCAGAUUAAAGAUCGAAGAAAACUC